AUGGUUGCUCAAGACCUGCCCCAAGGGGCACCCUCCCCCUACCACGGGCUACUUGACACAAAGACUGCUUCAUCCGAAGCUUCGUCCCUUUGUCUACCGCAGCGCCCGGUCCCCCUGCCACUCGGGCCCCGCGAAACAUUGGACCAAACGGACGCUUUCCCCGAAUUACCAGAACUGCCGUCGCUUCCCAGCCAGGCCCUGCCGCGCAGUGCCCGUUCUCUCAGCCUGGCCCAGAUAUCCGGUCCUGUCAAGCGCAAGCCGCUGUCGUCAACUGCCUCGCCUGCCGCCAUCAGGUACUCCAAGGGGGGCUCUAUUGCUGCCGUUGAGGGCCUCCCAAAGCCCGAGCAGCGCUUUGCGAGGUCCUGCUCGCUCGACAGCCCCACGCUCUACGAAUUCCCUGACCACCGCAGCCUGCUUGCUACCAGUGCGCUGAGUACAUUGAGCUGGCCAGCCAGUCCUGACAGCAGCCAACCAUCUUCUCCCGCCUCUGAGCAGUUCGUGCAACCCUCGCUCCCGCCCGUCGAUGCGGGAGACGUACCUCGAAACAUAGCGGAAAGCGACCUUGCAGCCGCUCAAACACCAAGCACGCCUGCACAGGACGAGGACGUUGGCGCUGAAACAGCCAGUCAGGGAACUGAGGAAUCGGAUCCGUACGAUUCAUACGGCCUGGAUUAUCACAUCCCCGAUUCCCCGGGCUCGGACUCGCAGGUGGCCAAGAGGACCACCCUCAUUAAUAAUAAUAAUUCGCGGACAAUGUCAAUGUUUGGGCGGAAGUCCCCCCCACCGCAUCUUAAUCUUGGAUCGAGUCAAAACAUAGAUUUACCGGCCACAACAUCCGCAACCUCGUUAGAAAGCAGUAAUCUUAAUAAGCCGCUACCGAAAUCGCCAGCAUCCUCCAAGCUCAGCGCCAUCUUCGGCUGGGCCAGGUCCUCUUCUCCGUCAACACAAACAGACUUUUCGGACAAGGGCUUCUCGCCUCUUCCCUCCCCCUCGUCGCCCAGAGCCACGACCAUCGUGACCGAGUCGUAUGAGACAGCAGUCUCAGCAAAGGAACGAAGCUAUUCAAAUGCCGCUGAGCAGAACCCCCUGCGUUACUGCGAAAAUUAUCUCCAGACACCCGCAGACAGCACAACAUCACUGGACCAGCUCGAGGAGAUGGAGGACGAGCUGAAAGCGAUAAGCGCCGAAUUGGCGGCGUCCAUUCGGCGCGAGAUGGAUCUUGAAGAUCUAGUAGAAAGGCUACAGGAGCAGGUCAACAACCCUCAAGCGCCGGGAAAGCGAACGAGCGACUACUACUCCGACUCUGGGUACAGUUCGGCAAAAUUCAGCGACUACGACCAGGCCAAAGAGGAGAUCUCGCAGAUUCAGCGCAAGGCAGAACAGGAGAAGGCACAGCUACGAUUGGAACUGACCAGCAAGCUUCAGGACGAGCGCACAAAGCGCCGUCUCUUAGACCAGCAAAUCCAAGAGCUCUCCAAAAGGGCAUCGCAGAUUGAUGUUACUCAGAUUAACACAAAUGACGCAAGCGCACGAGUUCAGGAGCUCGAGAGCAUGUGUGAGGACUUGACUAGGCGGCUCUCUGAAGAGCGGCAGGUCAAAAGCAACUUUGAGGACCUCCUUGGCGCAUUGAAGGGGCAGCUCCAGACGGCAACGAACGAGCGGGACAACUUACGCGACGAGAUUGUUCCUCAGUUGCGGGCUCGUGUUGAAGGACUUGAAGCUGAGGCUGCGGAGCAUGCUAAGCUCGCCUACGACACGUCCAAAAUGCAGCAGGAGCUCCAACUGCUCAGGUCGGAGAAUUCCGAGCUCAAACAGACCGGUAGUCGCAUGUCGAUGGCACUAUCAAGGUCAGCAUCCGUUACCGGCGGCUCAUAUAGGGGAAAGAUGCGCGCGCAAUCCAUCACGCGGUCGAACAGUACGAGGCCAAUGGAGCCUCGCGAGGUCUUGGCCGAAAGGUUGAAGGAUGUCGAGGCUCAGCGGGAUGCAUUACACAGCGCGCUCAAGAGCCUACUCGAGAGGCAGGAGAUUCAAAACCGCGAGAACGCUAGGCGGAUUCAGCAACUCGAGAUGGAGCGAGAUCGGUUGCUCUCGACGUCGCCCAAGAAAGCCGGCUAUGAGAGGGAAGUUUCAAAUCUCCGGGAAGAGAUUGCCGUCUUGCGUCGGCGGGCAGAAGAAGCUAUAGAGCAAAAAUGGCAAGUUGAAAAGGGAUUAAGCGGCCUCAAGAUUGACCUAGAUCGGGCUGAGGAGGAGAUUGCAUCGCUACGCAGUCUUCUCAAAGAGAAGGAUAUCCUAAUCCCGGAAACGCCCGGCCGGCCGUCCAGUCGCCAAGACAGCUCCGCAUCGCCGGUGACAUCCGCCUCGCUAGAAAAGGCUUACCAGGAACUUCAAGCUGCAUACACAGAGGCGCUGGAGCGGAUAAAGACGCUAGAGGAGAGCACAACAUCGGACGAAAAGACUCAGCUUGCAAUCCAACGACUCCAGCACUCGCUAUCGGCCGCCAUUUCCGACCGCAACCUUGCCCAGUCGGAAGCUGCUUCCUACCGCACCCAGCUCGAGUCCUUGCAAACGCUGGAGAAGCAACACCUCGAGACGGAGCGCGACUUGGCCGACCAAUUGCACGAAUCAGCACGGCGGGUCGAGGAGCUUGCGCAGCAAGUCCGCAGCCAGCUCGAGGCAAACUCGGCGUUGCGCAGCCGUCUCGCCGAUACCAUUGCCCGCGGUGAGUCCGAGCAGCGGGUCAGCACGGAGCGCAUCGCCGGGCUGCAGAACCGCCUCCGCCAGUUGGAGGAGAAGGUCAUUGCCGCCCAAACGUCAGCAGAAGAGCGGGUAGCCCGACACGAGGAAGAGCUUGCCCAGCUCAAGGAAUCCCACAACAGCCAAUUGCAACGCCUCCGCGACGCAUCCGGCUCCAUGCGCGGCCGCCGUCAGUUCCCACCCAAAUCCCCCCUCUCGCCCAUGUUCAGUGCCCGCAACGGAGUAGCGGGAGGACUCAACGCUGUCAAGUCGCCGCGCCUGUCGACCCCGCUACUGGGUCCUCUUCACCCAUAUGCUCAAGCAGGUGUUCGCCCGGCUCUAAGGCGCUCGAUCACGGCAUCUGAGGAUGGUGAGGCUUCUGCGGGCAUGGUGGCGCAGGUAGAGGCACUCAAACGCCGGGUCGCCGAGCUCGAGGGUGCGCUCGCGGCAGCCGACGCCGAAAUGCAGGAGGUGGUUGGGCGCAUGAACACAGCGCAAAUCGAGGUCAUGACGCUGCAGGAGCAGAGAGAAGAAGCCGUGCGCGAGACGAGACGGCUUCAGCGUCUGCUUGAGGAGGAGAGAAUGAAUGUGUUUGAGGGCAAGUUCAAGAGUCUAUCUACUCAAGUCAGGUAG